AUGAUACCCUUCACACCCUUCGCCCCAGCCGGAGCAGCAGCAGCAGCACCAAGGCAGGUCUCUGCCUUCCUCUUCCUCCUCCUCCUCCUCACCACACUCACCCCCCUCGUCGCCUCCCAUGCUAUGAUGACAUUCCCCAUUCCCUACGCAUCCCCUCAACAAGGCAACGGUCCCAUAAACGGCGCCUCCUUCCCCUGCCAUUACGGCGGCGGCGGUGCGGGCGCAAACAGUCUCCAACUGCCCUCCUCCGGCUACAACGUGUUUCCCCUCGGCUCCAAACAGCCUCUCCGACUCAUCGGAACCGCCGUCCACGGCGGAGGCUCCUGCCAAAUCUCCAUCACGUACGACAACCCGCCCACGCCGCAGAGCAAAUUCAAGGUCAUAAAAUCCAUCGAAGGCGGCUGCAUCGCCCGCAACGAAGGCGGCAACCGGCCCGGCGCCAGCGCCGUCCAAGUCAACCCGGAUUCCUACGAGUACAGCAUCCCCGACGACAUCCCCGCGGGCAACGGCACCAUCGCCUGGACGUGGUUCAACAAGAUGGGGUACCGCGAGAUGUACAUGGCGUGCGGGCCCGUGCAGCUGACGGGCGAGGAGAAGCCGGGAGCAAAAGAGACGUUUGAAAGCUUGCCGGAUAUCCUUGUGGCGAAUCUUGAUAAUGGGUGUGGUACCCCCGAGAAUAAAGAUAUCCUGUUUCCUAAUCCGGGGCAGAACGUGGAGAAGGCGAAUGGAGCGACUGAUGCGUUUGCUGCGCCCACGGGACAGGGGUGUCAGAAGCCGACUGGUGGUGCCCUUGGAAGUACCAUUGGUAGAGAAGCGGCGGCGACUCCAACUCCGGCUCCGGCUCCGUAUUCCGUUGCCAACGGGACCGUGACUCACCUGAUCGAGACAGGAGCUACGGGUACGGCCGCUUUUCCUGCAACUGUCUCUGUGACUGGCGCGCCUGAAGUCACCAUAAACGGGAGCACAUCAUUCCCAGCUGGUGUCUCUCGAGGUAUCACCAAGCCAUCUGUCUCCCUUGGAGCUGUCAUCGCAACUACACCCCCUACAUAUACUUCCAACACCAUUCCCCCUUCAGCUUCAACCCUCUCAACCUCCACCAUCCCUGUCUCCCCUAUCUCCCAAUCCAUCAUCGUCGAAAAGAGAUCAGACGGCACCCUCCCCGAAACCGUCCCGCCCGUCGGCGCCUGCCCCGCCUACCAAGACGGGUGGUACAUCUGCCACCUGCCUCGCAACCAAAACUAUGGGUUUGUUUACUACCGCUGCGCCUCGGGGAGGUGGACGGGCGCCAUGCAUGUGCCGGCCGGUACGCGGUGUACGAUCAAGGGGGACAAGUAUAACCCGUGGACGAGACAGGCGCCUGAAAAGGAAUUGACGCUGGAGAUGUCGGCGGAAAGUGAUGAUGACCCGCUGGUGAUUAUUCCGGUGACGAGGACAAAGGCGACGCCGAAUGCGCCGAUGAGGCCUACGGCGAAGGUGUGA